AUGGGUCUUCCCACGCCGCUCAAGAUUAUCUCCAUGGAAGUCGGCAGUCCCAGAUUCGAAAACUUCUUCCGCAUCUUGGCUGGCACCCAUGUCAAAUAUAUCACCACAGGUCCCGGUUCUCUUGACAACGAGGCUUUGAUGGACAUGCCACUGGACUUUGCCAAUAUUCUACCGCCCCUGCCAUACGGUCAAGCUACCUGGAACACUGCUCGUAUAUCUCGCAAUACGACGACAGGAAAAUUAGAGGCCGAGAUCUCCAUCCGCGAGAUGGCCGGUAUCAGCAAUAUUUGGCAUCCAGCCCUGGUCGAUUUCCUCCAUUUACAAAAGAUAAAAUCCAUGGGACUCUUUGUUCAGCUUUGCACGCUAACACCCGACUCGAUAUUUAUCCACCAAAACAGCACUGGGAAAAGGGUGAUCGCCAAGAUGGCCCGGUUUGAGUGGGAAAUUCAGUACCUCACCCGAGAGAACCAGGCGUACCAACUACUCCAAGGCACUGGUAUUGGGCCCCGAGUAUUGGGCCACAUCCACGAGCAAGGUCGCGUUAUUGGCAUUCUUCUCGAAAUAGUACAAGGCCGUGCCGCUGGGAUCGACGAUUUACCUCGGUGUCUGGCAGCGUUGAAGCGCUUGCACAGUAUGCGCAUUCUCCACGGAGACUGCAAUAGGCACAACUUCAUUGUUGGGUCUGGCGGGGAGGUUACGUUGAUUGAUUUCUCGGAGUUCAAGGAAAAUGCUACAGAUGAAGAGUUGGCUGCAGAGGAGGAAUCUCUCGCGGGAAAACUAGAAGACGAUAGCGGUUUAGGGGAUUAUGGGGCUCUUGGUGAAGAUGAUGAUAACUGA